UGCACCGAAAGCGUCCGUGGCCUCUUAAUGGGGUCGCUAUACGACGUCCGUGGGUUUGGUUGGUGCAUUUAACAUAUCGAUAAAUUUAAUACGAUACAUCUUCCCAUCUCUACAUCAUUUGUGACAUUUCUCUAUUGACAUAUGACAAAUGAUCUGAUCACCAUUUUUUUGGCCUUACUUGGCAUUCCUAAUCCUAUAAAUAUUUUGCUGGUGAAGAUAAGUGUAAAUAGCGAAAAAUACGAAAUAACUAUGGUAUGGAGGUAUGAUUUAACAAUCGUAUAGUUAGUCUAACAUAGUAAAAUCGAACAUGGAUUGCAAUUACUCACGUCUUUCCCUAUAAUUGCUACACAAACAGCCAUGACGUGAAGUCUACUCGAAAGAAGGUGCCUGACGUUACCAUUGGAGCGGGAAAUUCAAAUAUGUAUCCAGACGAAAAUCGUUCCAUAUCCAGCACCGAAAGGGCGUAUGUCCGUUUUGAGAAUAAAACGGGAAAGCCCGUUGAACUGAUAUGGUUGGAUUUCAAUGGAAUUUAUGUAAAAUAUAAAACAUUAACUGAUGGAGAAUAUUAUGAUGUGAAUACAUUCAAAACUCACCCUUGGAUUGCACUGGAUGCUGAAACUAAGGUUCGAAUGCAUAUAGGGCAGUCACCUGUCUACUUUCCUAAAACUACUCGAGACUAUUACAAAGAAAGAUAUCCAGAUAAAGAAAUCCCCCGGGACUUUGAGACUAGAAGAAGAGCAUACAUAACUCUACCAGUACAUCGCCUUAAAUAUGCUGCUCUGUUAGCAGUAGGGAAGUUAAUGAAGGAUGGAAGAGAAGUUGAAAAAUUGGGGUUACCUAAGGAGCUGACAGAUCCACUGAAAAAAUAUGUGGUUCAUAGGAACAUUAUAAAACAUGCUAUAGAUCCUGGAAAAAUACUUGUCAUUACCGAUACCCAUUGGAGUGAAGGAGUCCCAGAUGUGCUUAGGUACCCCAUGAUGAUAAACUGGACGCCUGACUAGAUGAUUGCCAAGAAUUAACCAAUUCUUCAAAAAAGCAACAUGUUUUGUAAUUUUAUUUUCCUCCAUGUCCCCUAGCAGAGGGGAACUCUACAAUCUCUUUUUAAUUUUUUACUAGAUGUAUCCUUCAGUAUGAUAAGUUUUUGAUGUAUAUUUUAUAGGGUUUUAUACAAAAGAGAAACAAAUAUAAUGUAUGUUUAAAGAAAAUAUAUUGUGUAUUUUUUAAAGGAUAUUUACAACUGCAAUAAAUAUUUUUUAUAUUAAACGUGUUUACAUUAGCUCUGUAUAUGUAUAUGGUUAUAAAUGCUCUGAGAAUACUUGAUAUAAAUAAAGUAUGUACAUUUAACUACAUGCACAAAAAAAUAUUAAAUGGCAAAAAAGUGCUCUGGCUGUUAAAGCUAAAAAAUGAUUCUAAUGACAUAUCACAAUUUGUACCAUCAUUUUAAUGUACUGUACAAAAUGUUCAUAGACCAUAUGUUAUUUGGCAGUCAUAUGUUAAAACUAGUCAAUAUUGAUUCUUAAC